AUGGCGAGCCACUUCUUCCUCGUCUUCAUUCUCGUAAUUCUAACCGUCGCUAAUGGAAUUUCAGCAGCUGACUCUGAAAAGUCUCAAGCGCCAUCUUCAUCAAAGACUCUUGCUGACAACAAACCAACAGUAGAUAACUCUACAAAGAGCUUGAUUGAUAGUCUUGGUCCAUCUCAAGAUUAUCCGGAUUACGAAAUCCCCUUAGAACUUGCACCAGACGGUGUCGUGGUGGUGGGGGAUUACGUGCCCAUUAGUCCCAUCGGUGGAAGACAGACUCCCGAUACGCUUGCACAACCUGAAGCGGAUCAGGAUGUCAAAUCCUCGACAUCUAGCUCCGCCUCUAGAUCUUCUUCAACCAUUUUGGCUGUUGUUGUUGCGAUGGGAGGAGCCAGCUUGUUUUUCUUUUGAAACGGAGAGGAUUAAUCGUAUGUUCUUCUAUCAAUCAUAGAGUGAAACAUGAGAUAUUUUUCUAUUUGUGUAACAUCAAAUUUAUUUGUGCGUUGGACUUUUUAAUGGCAUUUUUUCAAUGUCAACGAGAUACUUCUUUAGUCAAAUGCUAAAAUAGCAUAAUCCUAGUGUGACACAUUCAAAACAAGAGAAACAUAUAAUCAUGGUAAUUAAUUAUAAAUAGAAGAAAAUAGAAUUUCUGGUACUUAGCCAAAAUAUCAGCUAGUUGAGUACAUGAUCGAUGAGCCCUAUAAUCUUUGUGUCUUCAAAACGUGUUUUUCAAAUACUUGCUGACCGAUCCAGUAACAGAUUUAGAAUCAAAACAUUGUCGUUCAUCAGAUUCAUCAACUUUUGACAAUCUUCAAGUACCACCUUCAUGUAUCCUCGAAACCGUACAUUUUUGCAUUGCAAUAGUUAUUCGAUUAUCGAGUGUGUGAUAUACGCUAGAUUUGAAAUCUACACAUUUGCCUCUAAUUAUAUUUUAAUAGAAUAAUCUUUUUAAGCAUUCAAAUGAUUAUACCUUAUUCGGUGUUCUCUUUUCUUUAUUUUAAGAGUAUUUAAACUAGCCAUUGGCAAAAAAAAAUAUAUAGAUAGAAUAGUCCAAAUAAAAUCUAUAAUUUACAGUUUUUCUAUACAAAAUUUAAAAUUUAUUUAGAUUUAGCAUCGGAUAUCCGGGUUUCGCCAAAAUGUCCAACUAAUCACAGAAGUGAGCAUGCCUUCAAAAACAUUUUAACAAAGCCAAACUUACCAAGUGGAAUCUUGAACUCAAAGUUAUUUA